UGCUUCCUCAGCCCCUUUUGCCCCGCAGAUUCUGCGGGCGUGCACGGCGCAAUUGUUUCCUUUUCCGUUAUACUGAGGAGGAAACUGAGUCUCUGGCGCAGCUUGAGAGUCCUAGCUUCACUAAGCGUCCGCAGCGACGUCUGCUGGAUGCAGCAGCUCCUCCUUGCUGCUCGCUGGCUCACCUUGCCUCUCGAGCGGCCUAGCGCUUACGAGCCAGAUCCAAGGCAGGGAGGGGCUCUCGAGGCCCCCCAGGCCAACCCCCUCAUUUUACUGUCGUCCUGAAAGCGGCCCGAGGAGUAGCGGUGAAAAAUCCCAUCAAAACCAGAAUUUAAUUCUGAUUUUAAACAAUGGCAACUGGUGAUUUAAAAAGAAGCUUACGAAAUCUAGAACAAGGAAUUCGAUUGCUUGGUUAUCCUAGAGAGGUGGAUUAUUCAGGUUUAGUAAAAGGAGAUCCUGCAGCAUAUUUGCCUAUUAUAAGCCAUUCCCUGACUUCAUAUUCAACUUAUGUGGCAGAAUUUUUGGUCAUCUCCAAUACAGAACUCACGGCAAAGAAUGAUUAUCGAUUCAUUGAUUCUGUCUAUAAGCUUCUUCGAGAUAAAUUUCAUUAUAAGCCAAUUUUGACAAAAAAGCAGUUUUUCCAGUAUGGGUUUGUUGAAUGGAAGAUACAGAUUGUCUGUGAUAUUUUGAAUUUGGUGAUGAAAAAACAUAAGGAACUGUGUAACCUGGAUAAGGCUGUAGCACAGAAAAAGAAAAUUCGUCCCAUCAAGUCACAGGCUUUUAUAAAUUUUGAGAAAACUCUUGUAGAACCUGUUGUUCCUGACUUCACAUUCAGGGGUGUGCCUUCAGAGCAGAAAAAGCCAAUUGUGGAACGUCACCCAAACAGUGAAAAUUUUUCUCACGUACUCUUUUCUGAAACUGAAGGUAAUGAAAAUUUUGAUGAACCUGGAAGAGAUGUUAUUGAAGUCACAUGUGAAUCACAAGACACAGAACUUAAUGCUAAGAUUGAAGAUCUACGGAGUAUGCUUGCUGAAUGCCAAGAAAAACUUAAAAAACAGAUAUUGAUAGAGGAUAAGUUACGUUAUUUGGAAGAACAACUGAAAGGAAAAGUGAUUAUGCAGGAACUGGACUCUGAUGUUAAUUCUGAAAUUGCAGAAAUACGGAAUAUUCUUGCUGAAUGCCAAGAAAAACUUAAAAAACAGACUUUGAUAGAGGAUAAGUUACGUUACUUGGAAGAACAGCUGAAAGGAAAAGUUAUUAUAGAUGAAAUGGUCUGGAAUAAUCUUUUAAGUCGUGUCACCCUCCUUGAAACAGAAAUGCUGCUACACUUUAAAAAGCAUGAUGUACCUUUAGAAACUGUGGAUAUGAAAGAAGACCAUAAGUACAGCAGAAACAGGGAUCUAUCAUCUCCUGGUAUCGAAUAUCCUUAUCACUUGGGAGGAUUCACUCACAACAACUUAUUACUUGAAGGAGGAAAAAAUGACUUGGCUGCUGAAAAAGAGCCUGAUAGAAAAAGGAAAGAGGAGAUGCCAGAAAGUCUUCAUCAGCCAUCAUCUGGAUACAACUUACUAUUAUCCGCAGAUUCCUCUCCCCAACCCAGUACCCUUAAUUAUUUUGGUUUGACAGAAGCUUCAAAGGAGACAACAAUGGAGAAAAUAGAAAGGAUAAAAAAAAUGUUUCAAGAAACAGCUGACUUGUUGAAGUAUUCGAAUAACGCAUCUUAGAAAUAUCUCCCUGGACUUCUGAGACUCGACACUGAACAUUUUCUUUAAGUUUUACUUGUAACAGCUUUAAAUAUAUAUUGAUGUUGCUACAUUGAGAAUUCCAUUUGGUGUAUUUAUUAUUGAAGAAAUAAUUUAAUUCUUUUGAGCUGUAAUUGCACUACUUUACUGUGUUUGAGCUUUUUGUGAGGAAAAUAUUCCUGUUGUUACAGUAGAUUUCUUUUGCAGAGUGAAGUCAUUACAGCAGUGUAUCUUUGUGUUGACAUUUGUUGGCAGUGUGCUAAGUAAUAUGUUUUCUAAAGCGCAGGCUUGAGGACCACAGUUUACAUCCUGUUGGAAACUCUCCAGCGGGGACUUUCAUAUUGCACCCAGGAGAUUUACAUGCAUACCAUUUUGCCAUCUGUGUAGUCAAAUAAGUUGCAAUGAAAAGUUAAAUAUACACAUUAAGAAUGAAAAUGUUUUUAUUUUUAAAAAACUUUUUUUUUCAACUUAGAAAAGUAGUGAUGCAUUAGAUUUUCAAUUAACAUUGAAAAAGUAGAGGUCAGUGUGAUCCUGUAUUUCUGUAUUUGUGUGUAGGUCUGAAGUCUUACUGUGAAAAAGGUGUUGAGUGUUUUAGUGUCAUAUUCAGUAACACGUUUUAAGACCAGCGACACAGAUGGGGACCGUCCAGAGUUACAAAAAUGCGCAAGCAGGAUUUUGGGUUUUGUUCUUUUUUUCGGGGUGGGGAGGGGGAACAUUGUGAUUUGAAGUUAUAGAUUUCUUUGUAGAUGUGGAUGAUUUUGAGGGAAGGUCUACAUGAACUUGAGUCAAGACAAAAAAUACAAUUUAAAAAUGUCUCAGUUUUAAAAAAUCAUAACACAGGUUUGCUCUGAACAGGUUUCAAGAGAAGACAGCUUCUUUAUUAUGAAGGGGGAGAAUAACUUUUUCCUUUGAUUUUCUUUUCCCAAAAUGUAUAUGAUUAAGAAUUUUAAUUUAUAACUUGAAAUGUUUUGUAUGGCACUAAAGUCAAAUAAAAGUGUGAACUUAAAGCAUUA